UACCUGUCCGAGUCCGACUAACUCUUUUGUAAUUGCAAAUUAUUACCUAACCAUUCUUGUUCUUCCGUCUGGAGGACAUUGAUGGUAUUGAAUCUUGCAAUUUUCCCAACAAAAACUGAUCCACAGUCCACACCUAUCUCAGUUAACCUGUUCCGCUGAUCUGCGGAUUCUGCCUUCUUUGUAUUCUAGCCAGAAAGAGAAAGAGAAGGUGACUUUUCAGUCGCACUUCUACCGAUUUGUGAGAUUCCGAAACCAUAAUGUUAUUGAAUUUGAAACCCUUCAAUUCAUUCGCCAUAACGAUGCUAGGUCUCUCACUUCUCAUUCUUUUUUGUUACAUUUUCUUCGAUUUUCCCUCCACCACCACUUCUUCAAUCCCAAUUCCAACAAGUCAAACGCUAAGUCAACUUCAAUUACAUCCCCAAUCUGAUCCAGAACCGUUUCAGCUGUUGUUGGCUGCUUUCAGAAAAUGGGAUUCUCAAGUAGGUUGUUCUAAUUUUAAAGCAAAACAUGUGGAUUUGAUGAAACAAGGGUCAAAUUCAUCAUCUUUGCAACGUGAUGAUCGUGAUUAUCAAUGCAGUGAGUUGAAGAUGAAUCAUGUGGGUGUGUUGAUCAAAGGAUGGACUUGGAUUCCUGAUAAUUUGGAUAAUUUGUAUUCGUGUAGAUGCGGUUUGAGCUGUUUGUGGACGAAAUCGCCUGUUCUUCUUGAUAAACCGGAUGCCUUGCUCUUUGAGACCACCACACCUCCAUCUCGAAGACGCAAGGGAGAUCCGCUUCGUGUGUAUAUGGAUCUUGAGGCGGGUCGAAAAAGAUCCGGUUUUGAAGACAUUUUUAUCAGCUACCAUGCCAAAGAUGAUGUUCAGUCAACUUAUGCUGGUGGCCUCUUUCAUAAUAACCGUAAUUAUUAUCUUUCUUCCUAUAAGAACAACGAAACUCUGGUUUAUUGGUCAUCCUCACGGUGUCUCCCUGAAAGGAAUAAAGUCGCAAAGACAAUACUCGGUUUAUUAUCUCAUCAUUCAUUUGGCAAGUGCCUGAACAAUGUAGGUGGUCUGGACAUGGCACUUUCUCUAUACCCCGAGUGCACUAAAGACCCGAAUUCAGCCCCUCAAUGGUGGGACCAUCUUCAUUGUGCCAUGUCACACUAUAAAUUUGUUUUAGCAAUUGAAAACACCUACACCCAGAGCUAUGUAACCGAGAAGUUGUUUUACGCAUUGGAUUCGGGGGCGGUUCCCAUAUAUUUUGGUGCACCGAAUGUGAUGGAUUUUGUGCCUCCGCAUUCCAUUAUUGAUGGGUCAAAGUUUAAGUCAAUGGAGGAAUUGGCUGAUUAUGUCAAGGCACUUGCUAAUGAUCCGGUUGGGUAUGCAGAGUAUCAUGCUUGGAGACGCUGUGGUGUGGUCGGGAACUAUGGGGACACACGCGCCACGAGUUUAGACACACUGCCGUGUCGCCUCUGUGAGGCUGUUAGCCGCAGAGCUGGUAGGGAUAGAUGUAUUAUCUUCUUCUCUGUGGACAUUGAAGUGAAGCCAAGCCACAUGAGUUAG